GCGCACGCACGCUUCCGGUCAGGUGUGACGCACACGUACGCGUCCAGGACGGAGUGUGGUGGGUUCCAGAGACGCUGGUUCCGGAGACACUGACACAGACAGCGGAGGACAGACCGAGCUCAGCCGACACUGUUCUGUAGGGAGCAGAAGCCCAGAGGAGAGCUAGUGUACUACAGUGACGUCCACCUGCUGACGUGUCUGUUCUGCAGCUGUGGGAUGGCGGUGAACGUUUACUCCACGUCUAUGACCAUCGAGAACCUGAGCAGACAUGACAUGCUGGCCUGGGUCAACGACUCGCUGCACUUCAGCUACACCAAGAUCGAGCAGCUGUGCUCAGGUGCCGCCUACUGUCAGUUCAUGGACAUGCUGUUCCCCGGCUGUAUCCUGCUGAAGAGGGUCAAGUUCCAGGCCAAACUGGAGCACGAGUACAUCCACAACUUCAAAGUGCUGCAGACGGCCUUCAAGAGGAUGAACGUGGACAAGAUCAUUCCUGUGGAGAGACUCGUCAAGGGCAAGUUUCAGGACAACUUCGAGUUCCUUCAGUGGUUUAAGAAGUUCUUCGACGCUAACUAUGACGGGAAAGAGUACGAUCCUCAGUUAGCGCGACAGAGCCACGACGCCACGCCUCCAGCACACAACCCAGGGGAAGUCACCCCCACCAGAGAGCAGCAGGUAACACACACACACACACCACAGAGAGGAGAGAGAGAGAGAGAGAGAACAUACACACACA